CGUCCGUCGGCUCUUCUUUCAAACACGUAGACGACCGACGCGUCCCGCGGACUCUGCGGAGCGCCUGAUUUCCGCAGGAAUGGAUUGUUUCGCGUGAUUUCUUCUAAACCCAGGGAUUCGGGAGGAGCUCCGUUAGGGUUAAAGACUAGCAGAGGGAUACACGUUGACAAAAGACCCCUAUGAGGCUUCGAAAGUGAAGAGAGAAAACUAGUAAUAAAAGCCAUAAGGAGCGGAUCCAGUCAUUGUUUUCCAGACCUUGUUUGGCAGUCGACGAGCGGAUCCAGGGAUAGGAGGAAUGACCCAAAAAUAUAAAACACAGAUUAAAGGAUUAUUUAUUUAUUCUUUUUCCUUCACCCAAUGAUGCUUUGAAUGAACAGGACGUCAGUUAAACAACAAUUGAUCAACAAAAGAUGGACUUGAAGCUACUUUUCAUAUCAACAUUACUAGGGAUCAUCUGUUGCAUCGCCGCACAGCAAGAGGGCAACGAGUGCAUCAAAGCCAACGCUCUAUCCUGCGGCGAGUGCAUACAAGUGGGAGCUAAAUGUGGAUGGUGCACUGAUACAGAGUUUCUGAAGCAGGGAGAGCCGACAUCGGCACGCUGCGAUGAGCUGGAGUCGCUCAGAAAGAGAGGAUGCUCCGCCGCCAAGAUCGAGAACCCUCACGGCAGCCAAAAGAUCCUCAAGAACAAAGCAGUGACCAACCGCAAGAAAGGAGCCGAGAAACUCCGACCCGAGGACAUUACUCAGAUCCAGCCUCAGAAACUCAGCCUCAACCUCAGAUCUGGGGAGCCUCAGAAUAUCAAACUCAAGUUCAAGAGGGCUGAAGACUAUCCUAUAGACCUGUACUAUCUGAUGGACCUGUCCUACUCCAUGAAGGACGACUUGGAGAACGUGAAGAACCUAGGGACUAGUCUGAUGAAGGAAAUGUCCAAGAUCACCUCAGAUUUCAGAAUAGGUUUCGGCUCUUUUGUGGAGAAGACGGUGAUGCCGUAUAUCAGCACGACUCCAGCCAAGCUCCUGAACCCCUGCACAGGGGACCAAAACUGCACCAGCCCCUUCAGCUACAAGAAUGUGCUGAAACUCACCAGCAACGGCAAUCAGUUCAAUACCCUGGUGGGAAAACAGCAGAUUUCCGGCAACCUGGACUCACCUGAGGGGGGCUUUGAUGCCAUUAUGCAAGUGGCCGUCUGUGGAGAGCACAUCGGCUGGAGAAACGUCACUCGCUUGUUGGUUUUCUCCACGGACGCUGGUUUCCAUUUUGCCGGCGAUGGCAAACUAGGUGGAAUUGUGCUUCCCAAUGAUGGCAAAUGUCAUUUAGAAAACAACAUGUACACUAUGAGCCAUUAUUACGAUUACCCAUCCAUCGCCCACCUGGUCCAGAAACUGAGUGAAAACAACAUCCAGACCAUCUUUGCAGUUACAGAGGAGUUCCAGCCUGUUUAUAAAGAACUUAAAAACCUGAUUCCCAAGUCGGCAGUCGGGACGCUUUCUGCAAACUCCAGCAAUGUUAUCAAUCUGAUUGUCGAUGCCUACAACUCUCUUUCCUCAGAGGUGAUCCUUGAGAACAGUAAGCUUCCUGAAGGAGUGACCAUCACCUAUCAGUCCCGCUGUAAGAACGGAGUGGUGAACGAGGGAGAGAACGGAAGGAAGUGCUCUAACAUCUCCAUCGGAGACGAGGUGUCCUUCAACAUUAACAUCACGGCUCAAGGCUGCCCCAAACAAGGCAAAGCCGAAAGCAUCAAGAUCAAGCCCCUGGGCUUCACCGAGGAGGUGGAGAUCAUGCUCAACUUCAUCUGCGAGUGUGAAUGUCACAAACACGGCAUCAAGAACAGUGACAUGUGUCACAGCGGCAACGGGACGUUUGAAUGUGGAGCCUGCAGGUGUAAUAAGGGACGAGUGGGCAGGCAGUGUGAAUGUCGAAAAGACGAGGUGUCCACCGAAGACCUGGACAAGAACUGCCGCAAGGACAACGGCACGGACAUCUGCAGCAACAACGGCGAGUGUGUGUGUGGCACCUGCGAGUGCAAGAAGAGGGACAAUCCUGAAGAACGCUACAGCGGCAAAUUCUGCGAGUGCGACAACUUCAACUGCGACCGCUCCAAUAAUAAACUCUGCGGAGGACACGGCCGCUGUGAGUGCAGGGUGUGCAUCUGUGACGCUAACUACACGGGAAGCGCCUGCGACUGCUCCCUGGACACCUCCACCUGCCUAGCCUCCAACAAGCAGAUCUGUAACGGCCGGGGGAUCUGUGAGUGCGGGACCUGCAGGUGCACCGACCCCAAGUUCCAGGGGCCCACCUGUGAGAUCUGCCCCACCUGCCCCGGGGUCUGCACUGAGCACAAGGAGUGUGUGCAGUGCAAGGCGUUCGGGACAGGAGAGAAGAAAGACACUUGUGAGAGAGACUGCAGCUACUUCAACCUCAUCAAGGUGAAGGACAGAUAUAAACUCCCUCAACCGGUGCAGGCCUUCCCCCUCAUGCACUGCAAGGAGAGAGACGCCAACGACUGCUGGUUCUACUACACCUACGCCGUCAACAACACGGAGAAGGAGGUCCACGUGGUGGAGACUUUAGAGUGUCCGGCGGGUCCUGACAUCAUUCCGAUUGUAGCAGGCGUGGUCACAGGCAUCGUUCUGAUUGGUCUAGCUCUGCUCCUGAUCUGGAAGCUGCUCAUGAUCAUUCACGACCGCCGCGAGUUCGCCAAGUUUGAGAAGGAGAAGAUGAACGCCAAGUGGGACACGACAGAGAAUCCUAUUUACAAGAGCCCUAUUAAUAAAUUCAAGAACCCAAACUAUGGACGUAAAGCUGUGGCUCUAUAAGGAGAGAACCCCAUCUACAAGAGCGCCGUCACAACUGUGAUCAACCCCAAGUAUGAAGGCAAAUAAUGGACAUGGGUAUCACACACGUGAAUGUUCUGGAAGGGAUAGGUUUGCAGUUUAUUUUCUCAUUGUAUGUCAUUCUCUUAGAACAGUAUUGUAGCUUUGUAGCGGUAUUUUACGAAGGACUUGCUGCUUCUCAUCCCUGGCAAACGUGUACAGUGUGUAUAGUCUUUUUAUUUGCAUCGCUCUUUUUAAACUGCUUUUGCAUCAAGUGAUUCAUUGCAAAGGGUUGCUUUAAAUCCCACCCUGAAUAUUGCGAAAACUCAUGAAAUACCAUUUGAAAAUCAUCUCAUGAAUUUGUCUAUAUUCCAUGUUCUUUCUGCAAUCAAACUUCUUUAUCAGUUGUAUGUUGGCAUAAGAAACUGUUUUUUUUUUCGGCUGGUGCAAGUUUGGUUUAUAUGCUAAUAAUCUAUGCAUAUUAAUUUACUGUCAGAUCAUGCUUUAUAUGCCAAAAACGUUUGUUUGCCACUUAUUUCCCACUUAUUGUUGCUCUUAGAAAAUCAUUAUGGCACGUGUUUUGUGUUUAACUGAAAAUGUCUGUGUAUUAUGUUAUGAUGGAUUAUUUGUUUUAUUAUUAUGUGGCUCUUGACGAGUAUCAGUGUAUUCAGGUGAUAUCCUGUAGUUUGUAGCCAAAUGUCCUUAAACCGCUCAUUAAAAAUGAGCACCGUUUUCAAAUAUGUUUAAUUAGUACAUUUUAAAUGAAGGAAAAAAAUGAGUGUUGCAUAUUUGAAAUCGGAGAUGAAGCUCUUUGUUGUUACGACAAUUAUCUGGAGAGAGAAAAGAAUUAGAACGUAGUCUUGUGCUCAAAUGUUCAUAUCAUAUGCUCAAAGGUACAUCGACCCUUUUAUAUUGAAUUAUUUUCCCUGGAAGUAAUCAGGAGAUGCGGUCGUUUAAAUGUCAAGCUGAAGGAUGAUGAAAAGAUGGCCUGCAACCAACCCAAUCCACCAGCUUGAGUAGCUUUUUUUUAAGUGCCUUUUUCUGGUUUUCUCAAUAUUGCAAUUUUGAAUUUAUUUAUUAAAACAAAAUCUAAAAGAC